UUUCAGCAGGCGAAUAUAUUAGAUGUGCUCGUUGCUCUUGGAGUCAACUUCGACUUGCAUAUAAGCAUCUUUCCUCCGAACUUUGUGGUCGCAGCAUCUGUCUAGACCUGGCUUCUACACUCUAAAAUAAACUGCAGUUUUAGAGCCGUCGGCUGUAGAUGGAUCGACCGUCCAGCCGCGGCGCCCUAGCGCUGUCGCAGUCGGGGGGCCUUGGGAAAGCUCCGACUGGAUCAGCUGUCCCAGCUCCGGACAGACCCAUGACAGGUAGCAGGGGACCUGCAGCUGGAGGUCCAGCUGGAAUGCGAGGACCGCCUGGGGGCUCCAUUAUCGGUGCCGGACCGCCUGGCACCGCCAUGCGCGGAGGGCCGGGCCCUGCCGGUGGCCCGCCCGGCACUGCCUAUAAGCGCCUUGGAACGGCGUCUCAGCGUCCGGGAACCGGUCAGCAAGCAGCCGCGGCAGCUGCAGCCGCGCGGGCUGGUCAGAGCCUGCAAGUGGAGAACCGGCCCAUCACCAACCAUGGCGUGUCCGGUAUGAAGACGGCAGCCACCGGCGUGGGUCGCCAAGUCCUCGACAAGAACUAUUUCAUGAAUGAACUUCGGCAAAAACGCAUGGAAAUAGCCCAAGUCACUCAGCAAAUGAAGUCGGACUUGGAGGCCCUAGAACGGAAGCAGGCUCAGUACAACAGCAUGGAUAAGAGGGCAACCGACCUGUCGAAGGAGGUCAAAAUCCUGCAAGAGGCUCUUGCGGAUUACAAUACGGUGCUUGACAAGGUUGGAUCCCAGACACCAAUCUUCAUGAUCCAGCAAGAGCACGCUGCGCUCCGCGAUCGCAACGAACAGCAGCGCAAGCGUGUCGAUGAGGUGCUGACGGAGCGGCUGAACUUGGAGGCGAAGGCGAAGCAGGCCGAGACCAAGAUGGCGGAGAUCCAGUCGUCGAUGGAUCAGCGUCUCAACUCGAUGCCGCCGUCGCAGCGCCAGCAAUACGCAGAGCUCAUUAGUGAGCAGCAGCAGCUGCAGGCCGACAGCAAGCGCUUCGAGGAGGUGCUUGAGGACCUGGACAAGCAGCUGCAAGCCUCAGAGGGCGAAUUGGCGCGCAACCCUUUCAAGCAGCGCAGCCUGCAGCUGCAGGAGCAGAUCCGGGCGCUCACGGAACGCAAGUACGAGCUGACGGAGGAGGAGCGCCAGAGCAAGCGCAGCCCCGAGGAGCUGCGGGCUGACCUCAUGGCGAAGAUCAAACGCGACAACACUGAGGUGGAGAACAUGACGCAGCAGAUCCGAGACCUACAGGAGCAGAUCAAGAAGAUGGAGGAGCGGGUCAAAGCCCUGGGCGGCGCCACUAGCGGUGCGGCGGCCGCAGAGGAGAAGGCCAACCGUGAAAAGUUUGAGGAGUUGUUGGCCAAGGAGCGCGACCUGAACAACUUUAUGGAUGGCUUCCCUAGCCGCAAGGCCGCUAAGAUGCAGGAGAAGCAGUCCAAGGAGGACGGCAUCGUGGCUAUCUUGGAGAAGGUGGUCAAGAUGCAGGGCAUCAUCGGGUCCGCGCUGCCCUCGCAGAAAAAGUUUAAGGAGAUGCAGGACGAGCUGGAGUACAAGAAGAUGCAGUUGGAGAACACGCAGACGACGCAGGAGCGGCUCAAGGAGGAGCUGGCCAUGCGGCGGACGGAGCUUGAGAAGAUCGACACACUGGAGGACAAGAUCAAACUGGAGCUUACGCAGCUGGCGGAUCGACAGACGGCGAUGGAAAAGGAAAUGGCUGAGUUUGGCAGCGUGGAGGAGAUCCAGCGCAAGGCGCAGCUCACACGCGAGCGCAUGGAAGGCCUAAGGUCGGCGAUGCUGAAGCGCAAGGACCUGCUGCGUUCCAUCGUGGCGGAGAAGGGGCUCAAGUUCCAGGCCAAGCGCGCGCAGCUGCAGGAUCACAACCUACAAGUGCAGCUGGAGAAGAUGGAGGCCAAGCUGAAGACGUUGAACUCGGGGGUAUUCGAGAUGAACGAGUUCAUAAAGGCAAAGGAGAGCGAGACAAACUACCGGCAGCUCGCCAGCAACAUUUCCACCCUCGUGGACGAACUCAACGUGCAUGUGCGGCAAGGGGUCGCAUAUUAAAUCGUGCGCGCGACGUUGCGAGGUUGUCCGCAUGUUGAGAGUUCGGGUGCUCGGAGGCGUUCACCGCAGUUCUCCUCGGCGGGUCAGCUUGCAGGUUAUGUGGUGGUUCCGUAUUCUGGUGAGAUGGGAUGAACGAGUGGCGCGUAUACUUGGUCAAACAUAUGAUGUGACUUGGCAUCUUCUCUGCAAAGGAACCAUCAGCUGUUAAGUUUGUGCCGUACCGGGGCAAAUGCAGGUUGGGCUGGGUUUGGGCAUGGGGAGAGCAUAGCCAGACGGCCACGCUACCGAGCGAUAGGAGGAUUCCAAUUUUUCAUCCAUGUACAUAGCAACUGGCAGGUAGAGGAGGAGGCACCUAAGCCUAAAUUUGGGGCUGUAGCGAUUAUUGGUCAUGCACCUAAACGCAUGAACUGGUGGCUCUUGCGUGUUAUGAAGGUCUUCUAUUGAACGCUAGAAAAUCAUGUAAAGAUGGUCCGUAUG